GGUCACUCCCUCACCUUCAAACAACAAGACCGCGGUCUUUACGGUGGCAAACACAUCCAGUUUGGAAACUCCAUCUCUGAAUUCAAGAACAAAAACCGGAGGACAUGGUUGCCAAACAUCCAACGCUCAACGCUCUACUCCAAAACCCUCAACAAGAAGUUCAAGAUGAAGGUUACGACGGGGUUAUUGAGGACGUUGGAUAAGGUAGGUGGAUUGGAUGCGUAUGUGACGGGUUGUAAGAUGGCGAGGAUGAAGGAGAUUGGGGUUGUGGGAUGGAGGCUUAGGAAUAAGAUUCAUAGGAAG